GCCGCAUCACGAUCUUUUUGUCGGUGUGUCGGCCUCAAACCACGGAUAUGGUCUGUCUAGUCUGCACUGCUUCUUUGCCUUUGCCUUUGCCUUUGCCGCUGCCGUGCCACUGUACUGUAAGGCAGCACUACCUAGAGUACCCGAUAUGUACGGCUGAUCUCUUUUCUACCACUACCACCACAAUCAAUGAACCGCCCCUAGUCAAGGCCAGUUCAGAUCUCAAACCACCACCACCGGCAAAACUCCCCGUUGUCAUUAAUGAUUACCAGAGUCGUCUGAUUGAUUGACCGACCGAUCGACCCAACCGACAGGACCUACCUCACUCAGACCAGCCCGGCCCGGCAAUCGUGGGGCUGAGCUGACCUGAGCUUCCCAGGUACGAGGUGGGGCCAACCUUAUGUCUUCUCUCCUCCCUCUCCCUCUCCUUUCACCAAGCUGGGGAACGGAGAUGGAGAUGGGGGAUGGGGAUCGAAGAUGGGGAAGGUAGGUGACCGGGGGAAGCGUACCAGUGAGUGUGAGAGCCCAAGCUUGAACCAUGAGCCGAACACCACCACCACCACUGCACCACUUACCACCACCUUUGUACGGCAAAAGACCCGGAGUAACAAACAGUAACUGCCAUGCAGUGGCAGUGGACAACCCAGGGUCAGUCCCGAGAACCCAUCCCAUCCAUGAACAUGGAUGUCCUUAUCAUGUCUGGUUUCCUCCCUCCCGCUUCCAGCUCCCAUGUGUGGAGAGGGCCAAUUGCCUUUGCCUUGCCUUGCCGUUGCCGUGCCGUGCCCGUGGUCCUUUUCUGUGACCGCUCAGCGCGCCAGUAAGUGGCGGUCCUUUUCCUUUCUUUUGGUUUCUCUUUCCCUGGAUGGUCAUCGAAUCGAUAAACGAGUCUGGAAAGUGGACACACGCAGAGAAACAAAGCAUCGGGAGUGAGUGGUGUGGCAGCUGGCGUCAGUUCGGUCUGGGUCUUUAUUUGUACGACAACCCACCUGCUACAUAGAUCACUAGUACUACACCUACUUGUUGAGUACUACGAUACCCGACAGACCUCGUCGUCGACUCGUCUCUGCUUCAAUAAAGGUCACACCGUGCAGCGGCGCGCGCCUCUCGACCAGACUUGGAACUCGUCAGCUUCGUGUCCGUGCAUAUCAAGAAUCAAGAUGGCAGCCUCGGCGACCGACGACAGACCUGUGACGCAGUCCGCCGUUCUGCUGGUAUGGCAGUUCCUAAAGGCUCAUCCUUUCCUCAUCAUCUUUGUUCUUCUGUUCGUCCGACCUCUAUAUAACCGAUACUCGUCGCCGUUGAGACAAUUCCCCGGUCCAUUUCUCGCAUCUUGCACCAGGCUAUGGAAAGUAUGGAGUGUCUGGACAGGCAAAAACGAGCAACAUCAAAUCGCGCUCCACAAGAAAUACGGACCCGUUGUGCGCAUUGCGCCAAACGAGGUAUCGUUUUCGUCACCCGAUGCGGCCAUUGAACUGUUCAAGACGGGCAAAGGAUUCCACAAGACCGACUUCUACGGCGUGUUCCCACCGCCCGAAAACCCAGACAUCUUCACCGAGACGCGCGAGGCCGUGCAUGGCGUCAAGAAGCGCUACGCCGCGACGCCCUACAGUCUGGCAUCGAUGAUGCAAAGCACGCCGCGCAUCGAAGAGACCGAAAGACUCCUGAUUCGGAAACUGGAUGGAUUCGCCGAUGGAAAAACAAUCUGCGAUCUUGGAGACUGGUUGCAUUAUUUUGCUUUUGAUGUCCUAGGCGAAGUCGCAUUCUCGAGUAACUUUGGCUUCCUCGAAGCCGGGGUCGAUGUCGACGGGGCGAUCCGCACAAUCGACAACUCGCAAUGGUAUAAUGGGCUGGUCGGCCAGGUCCCAUGGCUGGACCAUCUACUGCGUCGAAACCCACUGUGGCAAUUCAUUCCGUUCCUGGCGACCAAGAAUGCACUCGUGACACGCACGGCCCUGGCGCAGCUGGAGAAACGCAAGAAUCCGCCUCCGGGCAAGAAACCCGAGGAAUAUAGAGAUUUACUCAACAGUUUGAUCGAGUCUCAGCGCCAACAUCCCGAAGCAUUAGGUCCAGGGGACGUGUUUGCCAUUGCCCACGGGGCCAUCUUUGCGGGCAGCGACAGCACGGCUAGUACCAUGCAGAGUUUCUGCUGGUACGUGCUGGCCAACCGACGCGUCUAUGAUAAAUUGGUUGAGGAGUUAUUGACUGCGAAUCUUUCCGAGAUGGUCACCUACAAUGAAGCCCAGAGUCUGCCUUAUUUCCAGGCUUGUCUGAAAGAAGCCAUGAGGAUUGCCCCGGCCGUCGGAUUGAAUAUUACAAGAAAAGUCCCGCCCGGCGGUGCUGAGAUCAAUGGUGUCAAACUGCCCGCUGGGACUGAGGUCGCUGUCAAUGGUUGGGUCUUGCAUCGAGACAAGUCUGUCUUUGGGGAAGAUGCCGAUGUUUACAGGCCUGAACGGUGGUUGGAGGGCGAUAAGGAGAAGAUCAAGUUGAUGGAUAGGUGUAUGUUUCAGUUCGGCGGCGGAUCCCACGUCUGCAUCGGUCGCCAUUUAGCCCUGCUCGAAAUGAACAAGGUCCUCCCCCAGAUCUUCCGCCGCUACGACAUCCAGCUGGUCAAUCCGAGUAAGCCGCUCGAACAUCAUUCCAGCUUUUUUGUCGUUCAGUGGGGGUUGUUGGUUUACUUGACCUUGAGGGAGGGUCAGGCUUGAAUAGCUUGAAUAGCUUGAAUGAAUAGCAGACGAAACGGAGUUGUCGGUACAGAGUGAAUGGAGUGGCUACCGCAACGCCAACGCACUGCACUGCAUUUCCAGUCAUAUCAUGAUUUGGAAUUCCUUGGAAUGGGUGGACCAAAGGAGAAGGUUGGUGGUUGGGAUGAUGUGCAGUGCAGUGCCUGUGUGGCUGGUCGCUGUGUUUGUUUCGGGGUAUGGGUAAGAGUAAGGGUACUGUAGGCAGGGGUGGAGAGAGCUUUGAGAUGAAGAAAAGGCAGGGAUGCAGAAUGUCCGUCCAGUUGAGCUCAGCUGCAGAUACGAAGAGGAAGAAAUAGGCACUUAUGAGGCUGCUGAAAGACUUGUACUGUCCAGCCUUGUCCUCCUGUCCUACGGAGCGGAGCGAAGUACGCAUUAUUGUUUUGUUGCCUUGUAGCUUUGUUGCAUACUUCAAUUUGUUCCGAGUUGAUAUGAUAAUCAAUGUGUCCUAUCAUUUUCAAACGGAUAAGUUGACAGUGGUCAGGGGGAAAGCAACGA